GAUAAGGGGAGAGAGAAAGUAAAAGGAAUUUCAAGCAGAAAGCAGAAUAGUGAAGUUUUGUCCCCUUUCCAUCUCAUUUAACCUUGCUCCGUCGUUCCUGAACUCUGCCUCGUGUAUUGUGCAGAUUUUGAAUUCCUCCAUUUCUUCAACAAAAAUCUAUCUUUUUGCUUAUUCCAUUUGUUCGAAUUUUGAAGUUCUUGAUUUGGUUAUGCUUUAUUUUUAGCAUUUGCUGCAGUUUUCUGAUCGUUUGCUUCUGUGGGUUUGUGAAGUUGAUUUUUGGGUGUCGGAGUUUAAGUCAAAAUAUUGCAAAUUUAAUGCAAAGAUUGGAUUUUUUGAGUGGAAAGUGGGAGAUUUUGAUUAAGGCAUGAAGGAGGCAUGGGGUCGUCUGUAUUGACUGCGACAUUAGUGGGCUUUCUUGAUCUUUGGUUGAGAGGGGGUUUCUGCAUUUAAAAAAGGGGUCUACUCUUUGCCCCCUUUGAUUAGUUAAAUCAAGGAGAUUGAGAAAAAUUGCACACAAGGGUUGACGCGUAUUCAGCAAUUUUGGUGAGUCAAGCCUCGAGCUCAUGAAUUCUUUAAUGUCAAUACUGUUUCUUGACUUUUGCAUCUGUGUUUGAGGGUUUGUGGAGAAAGAAAGAAAUAAAGGAGAGGAGAGAGAGAGAUUUGAGUGUUGAUUCAGUUGGUUUUGAUUGUGAUUUUUUGGGGUUGGUAUUGGUUUUGGUUAGUUACUCUUAACAUGAUUAACAAGAUAUUUAGUAAGAUUCCAAGGAAGAGCUCAAAAUCUGGAGGAGAGCCUAGCCCCUCCUCGAGUUCUUCGACUGCUUCGAAGAGAAAUGAAGGGGGGAAUAAGAGAUUGAGUAGUGCAGUGGAUGAUGCUAAUGCUAUCACUGCCCCGUUCUCAGUUUUAAGCGUUGGCAACAACGGAGAUGAUAGGUUUCUUCGAGAUAGGAACUUGAGAGGGGAUGUAAACAUAGCUUCUGCUUCGUAUGAAGCGUUGCCAAGCUUUAGGGAUGUCCCGAGCUCUGAGAAGCAGCUAUUGUUCAUCAGGAAGGUGAAGAUGUGUUGUGUCGAAUUUGACUUCACUGACCCCACGAAGAAUCUCAAAGAGAAGGAGAUCAAGCGGCAGACUUUGUUAGAGUUAGUCGAGUACUUGACUUCUGCAAGUGGGAAGUUUAGUGAAAAUGUGAUGCAGGAGGCUGUUAAGAUGGUGUCAGCCAACAUCUUUAGGGAGUUCACGCCUCAGCCUAGGGAGAACAAGCUUGUUGAUGGCGUUGAUUUGGAAGAGGAAGAGCCUGCGAUGGACCCCGCGUGGUCUCAUUUGCAAGUUGUGUAUGAAUUCUUGCUGAGGUUUGUUGCUUCGCCAGAGACAGAUCCGAAAAUUGCCAAAAGAUAUGUGGAUCAUUCCUUUGUGCUGAAACUGCUCGGCCUCUUUGACUCUGAAGAUCCGAGGGAGAGGGAGUAUCUGAAAACCAUACUACACCGCAUCUAUGGGAAGUUCAUGGUGCACCGGCCCUUCAUUAGGAAAUCAAUCAAUAACAUAUUCUACCAUUUUGUUUUCGAGACGGAGAAACACAAUGGCAUUGCUGAGUUUCUUGAAGUCCUUGGCAGCAUAAUCAACGGGUUUGCUCUGCCGCUCAAGGAGGAACAUAAACUGUUUCUUGUCCGGACUUUGAUUCCUCUGCAUAAGCCGAAAUGUUUGGGGAUGUAUCAUCAGCAGUUAUCUUACUGCAUUACACAGUUUGUCGAGAAAGACUGCAAGCUCGCUGAUAUCAUUAUCAGGGGACUGAUAAAGUACUGGCCCGUUACAAACAGCUCGAAGGAAGUUCUGUUUCUUAAUGAGCUCGAGGAGGUAUUGGAAGCAACUCAGGCGCCAGAAUUCCAGCGCUGUAUGGUACCUCUGUUUCAUCAAAUUUCGCGAAGCUUGAAUAGUUUGCAUUUUCAGGUGGCGGAGAGGGCUUUGUUUCUGUGGAACAACGAUCACAUCGAGAACCUGGUAAAGCAGAACCGCAAGGUGAUACUUCCGAUCAUCUUCCCCGCGCUGGAGAAGAACGCUCGGCAUCACUGGAAUCAGGCGGUCCACAGCCUGACCUUGAACGUGCGCAAGUUCUUCUAUGAUCUCGACCCGGACCUAUUCAAGGCCUGCCAGAUCAAGUUCCAAGACGACGAAGCGAAGGAGAACGACAUCCGAGAGAGACGCGAAACGACGUGGAAACGCUUGGAGCAAGUGGCUACUGCUAAGAAGGCUGCAAAUAAUGGUCCUUGAACUGGAUUGUUUUUGUUUCUUGGAGAUUUGUUGUCAUAUUUGUUUUGAUUUUCUGAAUUUUUGUCAAUUUCUAUAUAUUCUUUCCCUUUUUGUGGUUUGCAUGAGGGUUGAGAGGAGCUUCAUAAUUAGACGGUAGGUUUAGCCGUUGGUGUAUUUCUUUUGAUUUUUGAGACAUGCUGAAUUUCAGUUUCUUUUUAUGGCUGCAAAAGGCAGCCAAUUUAAGGAUAUUUGUUCUUAAGUAUAUCUGUUCUUAAUAAGCCUAAAUUGGGUUUACUCUUGCUCCA